UAUAUAACGUUUUCACUCUUAACUUUACCAAACACAUUCUCCGGCUGCCUCACCGCCUACCCCUCUUUAUAUCAUACAUACACCAUUCUCAUCUAUACACACAAAUUCCACAAAUACACAAAUCACUACAAUCCAUACAUCACUUCAACAUCCACAAUCACCAGAUCUGGAUGUUGAAUCAGCCACUCAAUUGAAGAAAGUUAAGAGAAAUCUGGUACUUGUGCUGUAUUUUCACUUAUAUAUACAUAUUGAUAGAUAUAUGUUUAGUGUAUGGUUUGGGUUGAGUGAAAUUGAUGUUGAUUUGCUUGUUUCUUGGUGGUUAUGGAGAAGAUAUAAAGGUUUUUAUCGUUUUGUAGCGUUUUAGCCGUAAAGAUCGCUGCUUUUUCGGGUUUUUUAGCUGUAGGUUAUAUAUAUUGUGGAGGGGUGUUAGGGUUAAAGUGUUUUUUAGUUGUUGAGGUUAAUCGAUGGAGACGCUUGUAGUUGUUGAUCAGCAUAGGGGUAGGUAUCAGGGGAAGAAUAGGGGUAAUGGACCUUCGCCGUCUAGGGUUUUUAGGGAGAUUAAUUGUAGGACUUUUCAGUCUGGGGUAGGGAUACUUCCGACACCUGUUAAGGCUUGGAAGCCUGUUGGGAAGCAAGCUGGGGGGUCGCCUUCUGUGGGGAAUUUUGUGAAAACUCCGUCACGUGAUUGUGUUAGGUCUGUAGUUGGAGGGAAACAUAAGAGCGCGGGAAGUUUCAUGCAAACGCCGUCUCCUAAUUGCGGUAAGUCUGUAGUUGAAGGGAAAAACAGCAGUAGGAAAUCGAGGUCAGGGUUGAAGAAAAGUAGUUCAGUUCCGACCCCGUUUAAUGUGAAAAUUAAUUCUGAUGAGGAGAGGUUUUUGUAUUGUAAGAAGUUGUCUUACUCUGAGCUUUGGGCCGGACCUGCGUAUUCAAAUUCACCACCUCCUAGUUCUCUGCCCAUUCCCAAGUUUUCUGUUCCGCCAAAGCGGACUGGGUCUCUUGAGUUGCCUUCUCCGGAACCAGACGUACAUUUGCACCAGGUUUCUAGGUCUGCUCCUCCAUCCCCAAAAAGAGAUCAUGCCAAUUCUGGUAGAAAUGUUUUUCACAGUGCAGACUAUGCAAGUGCGACCAAGGAUCUGCGUCGCAUCCUCAAUCUCGAUAUGGAUGAUGAAUGAGUACUAGGAGCAUCAGCUCCUGUAAAUAAGAACCAACUUUGCAAGCUAGGUAGAAGUAGAACGUAUAUUGAGUAAAUAAAUUAGCCAGACCUCUAAAUAAUUCAGAUACUCACCUUCAGUGGUACUAGAGCAGGUUGCAUGGCGGUCAAACAACUUGCUGAAAGAUCUAUUGGUGUUGCAAGAGUAGUGACAAGUAGUGGUUAAUUAUAUCAAAUGACUUGGAAUAUGUAGAUUAGCAUAUGCUGAUGUCUCUGUUCGAAGAAUGUGCAGUUGGUGCAGUGGGAUGGAUGAAUGUUUUGGUGGCAGAUGGGAGCUUAGUGCAUAUGAAUUUGUCAUCAAAAUUCUUGGUAGCUUCAGUUCGCUGGUGCCAUCUAGGAUUGGCCUUCUUAAUCAACUUGAAGUGUGAUGAACGAUUUGAUGGUGAAAUGCUGAAUAUGUCUUUGAGUUGCACUCUUUGCAGGACUCCUGAUUUUCUUUUGCUUAUCUCGAUAUGAUGUGUAGGCUGCAGUUUCAUAUAAUUGUAUGUACAGGUAGAUUCGCAACAUGAAUGGUCACAUAGUUUCAGUACCUACCUACUAAUACUAGUUCAAAUAUAUCCUUGGUCCCCUUAAAACCUAAAUACCUUCUGUUUAUAGUCCGAAUAGGUGAUCGUUCUUUUGCAUUUGAUACUUUCUCCCUAGUUGUCCAAACUGUCCAAUCUCUUUCUGCCGUCAUACCUUUUCUCCUACCCUUAUGAUAAAUCAAUACCUAUUACAUAUUUUCCUUUUGGAGGCUGUCGUCUUUCCCUUUGCCAUUUUUCUCGGUUUUUAAUAGAGGAAAAUGGGAAGAGGGGGCGAGAAUGGAUCUCCUGUUUCUGGUCUUUGUUCUCUGAUUUUCCAUGUUGCACUGAUUGGGCGCUGCUUAGCUACCUCAAUAGCAGCUUAUAUGUGUCACUUGCCUAAAGUGAAAUGAUGCUACUCUGUAAUCAUAAUCUUGCCUUCUUCACUGAAGAAUUGCUGAUCGUUUCAAGCCAUCAAUCAGGUAAAAGGGUUCGUGCUUGCUGAAAGAAAGAUUGCUGGCUUUUGUUUACCGCUCCGUGUUUUUCAAGCAAGUCUUGUUUGGACUUCCAUGCAGAUUGUCUACUGUAUCUGAAAUAAGCAACAUUGCUGUCUGGCUACGCUGUUAAGUACUUUUAAGUAGUCUGGUUGCUACUUUGUGGACAACCUAUGUUUGAACAAUGUUAUUUGGUGUUUUAAUUCUCUAAGUUGGUUCAGUAGUUUGGUUGCUACUUUGUGGACAACUUAUGUUUGAACGUUGUUAUUUGGUUGCUAAGUUGGUUCAUUGACAUUAGUUGGUGUUUAAUUUGCUAAGUUGGUUCUUUUAUGCUUUA